CUGCAUACUAUUGCACACUUCUGAAAAGGGAAAUAAUGCAAUAAACUUUUAUUAUAACCGGAAGAGGAAGUUAGUAAUUUCCCUUUGUAUCUCCACUCAUUACCAUAUCAGGAAGUAAAAAUAGAUAUAAAAAUUUUCAUCCAUUUAGUCAGAAUGUGUCAAUCACCUGACAACAGGAAACAUAUAUCACUGAUGUUAUCAGCGGUUUUAGAUGAUAUUGGUGUAAAUGACAGAAUGGUGAUGAGAGGAAGAAAAACUUUCAACUUGAUAGAGACUAUGCAUAACAUCAUUUCGAAGUCAGUUGGGUACAAUAUGACUUCAUAUUUUCUAGGGAGUAAGACUGAGGGAACAACUACUUCAGGACUGAAGUCAGACAUUGAUGAGCUACUUUCUAUGAAUGAUUACAAUAUAAUACAGAACAGGUCAGAAUGGGAACAUGGCAAAGCAAACUACUUCAUGAUACAGGAUGAGAACACUACCCCUGGGUAUUGUUUUCUACAAGAUACCCAACGUGAUAAACCUCUUCCUGUCAUUGAUGAUCCUCUUCCUGCCAAUGUUAUUCCAUAUAUAUUCCAUAUAAGUGAUAGGAAAGGAAGAAUAUUGUGUAAGAACACAAUAAAAGAAGUUCUUUAUAUUGAACAAUCUACAUAUCAUGGACCAUCAAUUGCAAUAAAGGGGCAACAAGGAUGCAUCGACUCAGACCAUGUGACAGCUUUUCCCUGUAAAUCAUGGCCAAAGUCAGCAGCAUCAGAAUGGUUAGAGAGACAAUGUAUUGGUAAAUGGCCAACACAAGAGAUGAGAAAAAAAGCAGUCAGUACUGUGUGUUUAGUUGUUCCAACUGGGAGUAAGGUCAGUGAAUACCCUGAAUUGGAGUGGAGAAUAUCAACAUGCCUUGCAGAAAGAUGUCUAAUGUUUGAUUUAAAUAUAACACAAAUAAAGUGCUAUGUUUUAAUGAAGAUGAUUCUUAAAUCUCUUUUAAAUCCUCAAGGGAAAAUAAACAUAUCAAGUUUCAUGUGUAAAACAAUUCUAUUUCAUUGUAUUGAACAAAAAGAGCCAAGCGUUUGGAAAGAGAACAAUUUAUUAGAAUGUUUGAAAGACUGCUUUAUGAAAUUAAGCAGUUGUGUACAAAAUGAUCAUUUGUCACAUUUCAUUAUACCGGAAAACAAUUUGAUUGCAGGGCAAUUUACAGCUGACCAAAAACAUCAACUUUUAAAAAAUAUAAAUGACUUUAUACAGAAUGAUGUACAAAGUUUACUUAGAAUCAAUAUUGAUGAUCUUGGACAAAGACUUCGAGUUAAACGGAACUUAGUACCAAAAAGACAAUACGAUUUAUUAUCUUCACUGGAUAUUUGUGAACGUGUUUCUACUUUCAAUUACAUAACAUUCUCAAACGACUGUAUCAAUGACCAUUCUCUUUAUUUAAUUGAAUCACAUAAUAAAGAUAUUGGAAGAAUGAAGCAAACUUUAGAAAGGCUAAUGGCAUUCAAUAACAGUGAUAAUCAAUUAGAACAUGCUGCAUUUACGUUCAUAGCGCCUUUUCUCUGUUCAACAUAUGGAUCUGCCCUGGCCUCAGAAUGUAUAGGUUCAAAACAUCAAGUGUCACCUCAAGCCUUGGCUUGGCUUUUAAAUGGUUUGGAAUCAGAUGUCUUAUCUGGCAGACUGAAAUUAGCUUCAGUAUUUUACAGUUCAGGGGAUACAGAGAAAACUGAACUUAUUCUGAAACACACUGAAAGCCAGUUUUACUCUUAUCCUGUUGUCUCUCUCUGUAACUGCUGGUAUUCGAAGCUUACACCAAAAGUAAACCAGAAUUUAAAAGGGUAUGUAAUGAACAAACUGAGGACUGUGUUAAAAAAUAUUACAGCAUUAUGUGUCAGAUUUUUAAAACAAGAGAUCAACUGUGUUCCUCAUGAACUUCAAUAUGAAAUGUUCAGAUCUACACAAGAUGACAUAAAACACAGAGAUACAGAUCUAGACUUUUGGAUGGAUUGGGCUGUAGUUGAUUCGCUACCUUUCCUGUACUUCCUACAAUAUAAAGUCUACAGGCAUCUUCAUCACAUCUAA